GUGGUCCUGAGGAAGAGAGAGGGGUGAGCUGAAGAGGUACGAUGAGUUUAAACAGUCAAACUCUGACUGGCAGUGGACAGGAUUGGACCAGAAAUGGCAGCAGCAGCAGCAGCAGCAGCAGCAGCAGAGCCCCCAUGGAAAAUGAGAGUAUGAUUUUGAAGCCCUCCACCCCCACCAGGAAACCUAUACCACCCAAGCCGGAGAACGCCAUCACCAUCGCUGUGUCGUCUCAAGUCCUCUUCAACAUGGAGAAGGAGCAGCAGAUCUACGAACAGCAAGGCAUGGAGGGUUACAUCAAGUAUCAAGGGGAGCAUGAAACGGAGCCUUUCAGCCCCGGACCUGCCUUCUCCUUUGUCAAGGCUCUGGAGGCUGUAAACACUCAACUGAGGGAGCUUUACCCUGACAGUGAGGAGCUGUUUGAUGUUGUGCUUAUGACCAACAACCAUGCAGACGUUGGCCUGAGACUCAUCAAUACCAUCAGUCAUCACCAGUUGGUCAUCGAGCGCUUCUGUAUGACCGGGGGAAACAGCCCCGUGGGCGACUUGAUGGCCUACCACACCAACCUGUACCUGUCGUCUGACCCAGGCAAGGUUCGAGAAGCUCUGGGUGAAGGUAUAGCGGCAGCCACCAUGUUCACCCCGGAGAAGAUGACGGAAGUGUCGGAGACUCAGCUGCGAGUCGCCUUCGACGGUGAUGGAGUCCUCUUCUCUGAUGAGUCAGAACGUGUUUUCAAGGCCCAUGGACUGGCAAAGUUCCUUGAGCAUGAGAAGGCCCACGAGAACGAGCCUAUGAACCAUGGGCCACUGAAGGGUUUCCUCGAGGCUUUAGGAAAACUGCAGAAGAAAUUUGAUGGCAAGGGCCAGCGCAUGGACUGCCCCAUCCGGACAUACCUGGUGACGGCUCGCGGUACCGGCAGCUCCGGUAUCCGAGUCCUAAAAACACUGAGCUCAUGGGGCCUGGAGAUCGACGAGGCUCUCUUUCUGGCAGGGACGCCCAAGGGCCCCAUGCUGGAGAAGAUCAGGCCACAUAUUUUCUUUGAUGACCAAAUGAUUCAUGUGACGGGGGCUGCGGAAAUGGGGACGGUGGCAUGCCACGUGCCCUACGGGAAAGCUAACGAGAUUUAGCAAGAAAGGAGUGAUGGGCAAAGAGACGUCUUCAGAGUAGCCCGGACAUCACGGUGGUGACAGGCAAGGAGCUUGAGGGGGACAUUUCAUUUUUGCGUUCAUUGCUCUAUGAAUGUUUUUUUAACAAUUGAAACUAGAAUGGCACAUUCAAGCACACCUGCACAUUCUCAACAAUAUUUGCUUAGAUUCUAGUUUACAGAUCAGGAAGAAACAUCAGGUGACUUCUUUUAUUAUUUAAUGUACUCAUAUAACAUAUUUUUUACCCACAUUUGCCCACAUUAAGUAUAAUCAUCUGAAAGUCAAACUCUAUUGAAAUAAAGAAUCCUUAACAUCGAAGAGAACUAAACAGAUAUGUAGAAGAAAAUCUAUAAGAGUGAGUCUGAAUGGAGCGUGACCUGUGCUACACAGCUGCACUGAAGACAUACACUCAGUCAUUUCACGCAGAAUCUUUAGGAAAAUUUCUACAGUUUUAACCCUUCACUGCUCACCUGGGUGUUUUAACAUUUAAAAAAAAAACUGGUGCCUUUUUCCCCUAGUUUUUUGACGUUAUUUUUCUUGUCAGCCUUGCACAUGUUGGUAAAUGGGCCUGUUUCAUCAAUGUAUAUGAAUGUAUUUUAAGAUUGCAAAUUAAGAUUAGUAAAAUAUUUAUUUUUUAUUUCCUCUUGUACAAGAAAAUAAAGUUUUAACAUAUUUAGUAAUAUUGUUAUCAGCCAUGUGCAAUUUCCAAUUAUGCUCCUUGUCCCUGAAUUGCCCAGAGUUCAGUGUGUCCCUUGUUGUUGCAUGCUGUAUGUCUGUUUUAAUAUUGUCAUUCAGCUUUGUUGUUGUUAGUAUUGUUGCUCUACUGUCAAACCUGUGAAUUCUGGCGAAAGAGAGCAGUGGACAGUUAAUGCAAUCAAGCUUUUCUGUUUCAAGAUUAAAGUAAAAGUGUCUGUAUGCGAAAA